AGUAGGAUCAUGAAAAUAUUUCAGCUUCUUACUUCUGUUCAUAAAACAUUUCUCUUUCCUUAAUCCUCUGAUACAACCUGUAAAUCUUUCUUGUCUAAUCUUCUUCCAAGAUUCCAGGUUGUUUUUGUUCCUCUCACAUGGUAAUUGGUGAAGAAGGGGAACAGAAACGGCUAUUCUAAUGGAGGAAAAAGAUGAUUCAGUUCAAGAAAAGAGAUUUGGAAUAGAGAUGCAGGUGAUUAAUGGAGUUAUGGGUAAGAAAAAGAUGGUGAAAAAAAGCUGGGAUGAAUCAAAGAAGAUGUGGGAAAUAGCAGCACCAGCUCUGUUGACAGCAGUAGCUCAAUUCUCUAUUGGAUUCGUCACUUCUGCAUUUGUUGGCCAUUUGGGAGAAGUAGAGCUGGCUGCUGUUUCCAUUGUUCAGAAUGUAAUUGAAGGCUUUGUUUAUGGUGUGAUGCUAGGGAUGGGAAGUGCCCUCGAGACACUGUGUGGACAAGCUGUCGGCGCUGGACAACUCAACAUGCUUGGAAUCUAUAUGCAAAGAUCAUGGAUCAUUACUGGGAUCACAGCAUUGUUUUUAGCACCUUUUUACGUUUUUGCUUCGCCAAUACUUCAACUACUUCAUCAAGACAAAGGCAUUUCAAAGCUUGCUGGGAGAUACUCGAUAUGGGUAAUUCCUCAAUUGUUUGCAUAUGCCUUAAAUUUCCCAAUACAGAAGUUUCUCCAAGCUCAGAGCAGAGUAUGGAUUAUGACGAUCAUUUCCAUAGCAGCGCUUGCAAUUCAUGUGUUGUUGAAUUGGGUGCUUGUCACGAAGCUGGAUCACGGGCUAGUUGGUGCUGCCGUCGCAGGGAACAUUUCAUGGUGGCUUGUGGUUUUGGGUCAGAUUAUUUAUGUAGUCUGUGGUUGUUUCCCUGAAGCCUGGACUGGUUUUUCUUGGUCAGCUUUAAAAUCAAUAUCCAGUUUUCUGAAACUCUCACUUGCGUCGGCUGUGAUGUUAUGCUUGGAGCUAUGGUAUUUUACAGCAGUAAUCCUCAUGGUGGGAUGGUUACACAAUCCAGAAAUUGCAGUAGAUGCUGUUUCCAUCUGCAUGAACCUGCAGCUGUGGACUCUGAUGAUUGCUCUUGGUUUCAAUGCAGCAAUAAGCGUGCGAGUGUCAAAUGAGCUAGGAGCUGGGAAUCCUAAAGCAGCAAAAUUCUCAGUGGUGGUGACUCUUUUAACUUCAACAAUCAGUGGAGUUGUAUUCACAGCUUUGGUUCUGGUAACCAAGAAUGAUUUCCCAAAGGUGUUCACUGGUAAAGCAGCAGUGAUAAAGGAGGCAUCAAAGCUUGGUUACUUUUUGGCAGCAACAAUCUUCCUCAACAGCAUCCAACCUGUGCUCCAUGGGGUUGCAGUGGGUGCAGGGUGGCAGUUCUUAGUUGCAUUCAUCAAUGUUGGGUGUUAUUACAUCAUAGGACUUCCCAUAGGUGCUGUUCUUGGCUACAAAUUUGAUCUAGGUGUUAAGGGCAUAUGGUCAGGAAUGUUGGCUGGUUGUCUGCUUCAAAUAAUCAUUCUGAUUUUUGUCUUUCUGCGUGCUAACUGGAAGAAAGAAGCUUUGAAAGCAGAAGAGCGCAUCAGAACUUGGGGUGGCUCUGUGGAACCUCGGCAAAGUUCAUUUGAAGAAAACAUGAACUAGUGAUGAAUUCAUGGUGGGAAGAAACUUGAUCAAAUCAAUAUCAAGUUGCAGUUUAUACAGAUUGAUUUUCUACUUGGGUAUACAACAAAAGGGGGUCAUCAAAGCUGCCUCUUUUUUUAUACAUUUUUUUUUCCUUCAGUCCUGUUUUGCAUUUUCUAGCAGCUGAACCUAAAUAUGAAUAUGGUGAUGUUUGCAAUAUAGCUGAGAUUCUCAAGUUUCAUAUUCAGCCGUCUGUGUUAUAACAAGGAUAAAUUACUAUCAAAUCCUUGAAUUUUAUUCAAAUUAACUAUUAAGUCCU